GCUGUCAAGCGCUUGAGAAGUGUUCUCCUAAUAUUGGACCUCAGCACCAAGUCGGUCAAAAUCUUCGCUUGCUGGAAAAAUCUCCAAUAUGGUAUUUGCUUGCAACAAAGCUGUUCUUAAUCACGGCACUAAGCAAGUUGCCCUCAAGAGAAAGGAAAAUGGUGUACACCAGAUACCUUUCCACCCCAGUGCCGCUGGCACAGAUAUCACCACGGAAGGAAAAGGCAAGUUUACCCUAAUUUCAACAGAAGAAAGUGCUGCUUAAAUCGGGGAACUUGUUGACAAGUUGACUUUGGAAGACUCAGGUAAGUUUUGGUCGUACAAAGGAUCUAAGAUUGAUUACUAGAUUAGAAAUUGUAUCUAGAGACAGAUUAGUGGAUAAUAAAUAUUCUACCAACAUU